UGGCCGCUCCCUGCUACUGCUCAGAGGGUGGAGCUCAGCUUUGUCUCAACUUGUUCAGCGUCUUUGUUAUGUUGCUGUCAGGAAGCAGAAAUGGGCCUUGAGGAGCUGGCGCUGCGUCUCAACGACAGUGGGUAUAAAAACUGGCUGAAAGCAGCACGGUGUCUGCUCCUACUGAGGGAAGGUCUGCAUCCCUUCAUUACCCAGCACAUGAGAGAUUUCCACGGAGACCUGCUCAAUCAAAACACCCUGCUGCGGAAACCGUGCGAGACUUCAUGCAGACCGAGAGGGACUAAGUUUUCCUCACCAUGCAGGGCGUGUUCAGAGUGGCAAAGAGUGAUCCUGAAACACCACAGACAGCGAGAGACAGCCACUGUGAACUGGGGCAACUGUUUCCCUCCCCGCUGGAGAAAAGACAAUUGGGAAGUGGCCAAGGCCUACAUGCCACGGGGUCAGGGGGAAGUGAAGGGGGCAGAUCAAUGCGAUGCAUCUGCUCUGCUCAACCUAAUCAACUACUGUGAUUACUUUCAGUCUGUGGAUCUAAAAUGUGUGCGAGAGGUGAUCCGUUUCAGGAAUGAGUUGAUGCAUUCUUGUGAGUUCUGUGUGAAAGAUGAAUGGAUGAAGCACUACCAGACCACUCUGAAAAACCUUGUGUGGCAGUUCAGGAACCAACCACAGAUGGCAACAGUUGGCCGACAGAUCGAGGAGAUGCUGACGGUUGAUUUGUCAAUAUAUGUAUCUGGUUGGGACCAAAUGGAUUCUGCUGUCAUGGAUGGAAUAGAGUGUGAUUCUACCAGCCAAUGCAAGACCAGCGCCAACUUAAUCAGCCAAUGGGAGGCUGAGUUGCUACAGGAAAGGCUGCAGGAGUUACUGCAUGCUGCUGCUGACGAUGAUGAUGAUGAUGACACAAAGACACAGGACACCGAGCAGCUGAAGAGGCUGGGUGGUUUCUUGCAGGCCAACAGAGAUCUGGCUGAGAGGUUUUCUGCAGAGCUCAAAGCCAUGAGCUCACUGCAGGCAGGAGAAUAAGAAGAAUGAAGAGGAGCAUGUUAUGCACUACGUCUUUUAUAUUUAUUAUUGUAAAUGUGUCAAGGUCAGAAAUUCAAAUUGCAUGUGCAUGUAUAUAACGUUUUAUCAUUAAAAAUCUGUUAAAAUCCA